UGUGCUGAAUGUUUUGCGGCAUUGUCGAAGAAAAAGGUGCCUCGACUGGCACUUGCGAAUGGCCUCUACCAUGGCGAACUUCCAGAAUAUUUUCGAGACCUCACCUGGGUUGAGGAGAAGAUUUGUGCAAUAUACAGUACAACUGCCCAUGUAGCACGAUUGUUUCAGUCGUCAGAUCCGGCGCAACCACGGGUAUUUCAUGGCAAUGUAUGUGCGCAUGAAAUGAAUGUCGUGUCUAUGGCAUCUGUAUUGCCUCGAACUCCUGCUGAUAUCAAUGGACUUCUCAGUAUUGUCUUCGUUGGACCUGGGAGAUUCAAGCCUGAUCAGUUAGGUCCUAUGUUCCGCGUGCGUAAGAAUAAAAUCUGGGUAUUCCUUGUGUGGUUGAAGCAUCACAAUCGUUUGUAUUCUGAUAUAUGUAUAGAACGAGAAAUUCUUGAGCUUUAUCCUACUGACGACGUCAUUCCUGGCUUGUCUGAACGCGUGAUCGAGAACCACGAGCUUAAUGUCAAAAGGGUGUUUGAAGAGGAACAGCUGGAUUUCAAGAGCAUCCUGCAGAGCUUUUGGCAGAUGGUCUUCACGAAAAUGAUGAUGGGUCUGUUAUAA